AUGUUCCGAAAAAAAACAACCCUUUUCUCCCCACCUCCCAACUUCCCCCAGCUUCGUUGGCUGGUGUUGUGGGGGAGAAAAACUUCUCCGCUCCCCCCACAAAUUGUUUCAAGUUCUUUUAGAACGUCGCCAAGUUCCGCCGCCCGCCCCGCUGCCCAUCAUGGGUGCUCCACCUCGCCCCGAAAGGAAAAGGUCCCCAAUGUUGUAACCUUGUGGCUUUUGGUCGCCAUCCUCGGUUAGUGGGAAGGUGGAUGGGCGUGGGGAGGGAGCAAGGCGGCAAGCGCGGCGCUGCGUGGCGCCCGGAGACCAACGGGACGGGGCGUGUCCGCGCCUCUGGCUUAAGUACUCUUUGGGAAGCCUGGGCAGCAGCAGCAGCAGCAGCAGCAGGUGCUUGGCUCAGUGCUGUGGAAGCCGUCGGAAGAACUGCUGCGCCGCCGCCGCCGCCGCCCUCGAGGAUUUCGCUGCCCAGCCAUGGCUCCUUCCCCGCAGCAGCCCCGCGGGCACACACGCGCCGAGAUCCAGCAGCGCUGCGCGGCGGGCGAGUGCCUGGUGCUGGUGGGCCCCCGCCGCGUCUACGACCUGUCAGCCUUCGUGCGGCUCCACCCGGGCGGACCCGAGCUGCUCCUCCAGCGGGCCGGCACCGACGUGAGCGCCGAGCUGGACGGACCACCGCACCGGCACUCGGAGAACGCGCGCCGCUGGCUCGAGCAGUAUUACGUGGGCGACCUUGACGACGACAACGCGCGGCAGCAGCAAGAGGACCACUCCAAGGAACAGAACUCCUCCAGUUUUCCAGCAGUAACGAAGGACAGCAAGAUGGACCCCAGGUGUAAAGCAGUGGAUGAAGACCAGGAGCUCGUGGACUGGCGUAAACCUUUGCUGUGGCAAGUGGGCCACUUGGGGGAGAAGUACGAUGAAUGGGUGCAUCAACCAGUGGAUCGUCCCAUUCGCUUAUUCCACUCAGAUUUUAUUGAAUCUCUCUCCAAAACAGCAUGGUACACAGUCUGUGCCGUCUGGAUUCCGCUGGUGCUUUAUCUCAGCUGGCAUAGCUACACGUCGCUUGCGAAGGGAGAAACCUGGCUGUUUUCUACCUUCACAACAGCAUAUUCCAUCCGUGUUCAGAAGACCUGGUUCCCGUUGCUCUUCAUUGUGGGGAUGUGCAUGUGGUCCUUAGUCGAAUAUAUCAUCCAUCGCUUCAUCUUCCACAUGAGUCCGCCGGCCAACAACUAUUACCUGAUCACACUGCAUUUCCUGCUCCACGGUCAGCAUCAUAAGUCUCCAUUUGAUGGAUCUCGCCUGGUCUUUCCACCUGCACCAUCAUCCCUGGUCAUUGUCUUUUUCUACGUUCUUGCCAGAGUUGUAUUUCCUGAAGCAUUUGGGACCUCCCUCUUCGUCGGGGGGCUCUUCGGCUACGUUGUCUAUGACAUGAUGCACUAUUACUUGCAUUAUGGGUCACCAAAGAAAGGCAGCUACUUGUAUGAGAUGAAAGCGUACCAUGUGAAGCACCAUUUUGAACACCAGAACGCAGGCUUUGGCAUCACCAGCAAAUUAUGGGACCAUCCGUUUCAGACGCUGAUCCCAGAGGAAACCCCUGAGAAGGAAGACUAGCACCCGUUACUCUCCUGCAUGGUCUUUGGCUCCUGUUUUGCUUUCCUCUUGCAAGCCUCGGACUCCGCCCCCUGGGACUCUGCAGAGCUUGGAAGCCUGGGACCAGUGGAGAGAGGGGACUGUCCUUCUGCUGUGCUGCUUCUUUGUAACAUGGUUCUGCUGUGCAGGUGACCUUCUGGGAGAAGCCCUGCAAAGACUAAUGGAGAGGGAAGACCAAGGUGGUGUUGCUGAGUGUCUUAGGCAGGAUGCAGUGGCAAGGGGCAAACUCUGCCCAGCUCAGCACCUUGACAUCAAAGUAGAACUCUGGUUUUAGACACGUGUAAGAAUUUCAUUGUUGAGCACAUGCCACAGCUGACUUGGAGGACUGGUAUCCUGUGAUGUGUUGAGCGGUAGGCAAACUGCUCUGGCUCUUAGUAUUCCUGAUAUUUAGUAUGGUGUUUGGGUGGUGGGUGCAGGAUUGCAUAAUGGUGCAACCCUGUUGGCAUCCUUUCUGUGUAGACAAUGGGCAGUGGUCUAAGUUCAGUUUGUUGCAUGCCACCUACUUGGCUAACCUCUCCAGGGGAAUCACUAAGGGAAAAGACUGCUGAUUUCCCACAAGCUGGCACCAGGUGUGGGGAAUGGCCACCCCUUUUACGCUCAGUGUGAUUCUGAUCUCUUUAGAGCAGAGCCCUGUGGGUUCUGGAUUUGCUAUGCAAGUGGCUGGGUACAAGCCACCGGAGCUAGAAGUUAUUUAAGAGGUCAUCAAGUGUAUCUCCCUGUCCAAAGACGGAGGAUCUGGCACCAAAGAGUCCCUGACUGGUCCCUAUUCCAUUACUAAUGCAACUUCUCAACCCAGAAUUUGGGGGUGAAGUGAGAUUGUAGUACAUAGCCUGAUUUGGAACUACUUGAGUUUUGGGACUGACUUGGAUGCAGACUGAAGUUGGCAGGCAGGGGUGGGAUUUUAAAGCAAAACCAGGCAAGCAAGAAAACAGAAAGAAGGGCCAGCCCCUUUCAGAAAAAUGACAGUUAAAUUGCCACAAAUUGCACAUUGCAGAAAAUCAUUUAUGCAAAAAACAGUCCUGCUUGAGUCAAAUGCAAAAAGCCAACAUCUGUCCAAAAAGACGCUGCCUAGGGAUCCUCAGAAAAUCAUACUGGGUCAACUGACUUCAGCUUUGCUUUGUAUACACUACAGUAUUCACAAUCUGAUUAAUCUGCAAAACCACAUUGGGCUGUCAAUGAGCUGUAUUCUGAACCCACUGAUGUGCCUUACUUCUCCUCCUUUGAUGGGAUGGCAGCCUUUCACUCGAUGUGCCAUGUACCUUAACCGUGACAUUUGAGAAACUGUCAGUGAUCCAUAACUGUUAUACACGAAGUGCAAUAAAAUAAAAUACAUAGUCCAGUGUAGGGAUAAUUGCAGGCAAUAAUUACAGAAACGAAGAGCAAUAUUGUUUUUUGUAUAACUCUACAGUAGGUCAUUUUUGCAACAUUAACUGGCCUGCUGUUUAUUGUAAAAGGGGAGGUGGUUUUUCCCAGAGGCAAUGAUGAAGCAUUUGUUCAUCCUUUGUUCAUUGGUCACCCUUUGGGAAGAAGACUUACCGUAGUUGGACUCUCUCCGCAUCAGGCACACAAUUUGCAUUCCCACAUCCACUUGUCCUUGCCAGGAGCAUUCUCAUCCCACCUUCUCAGACCUGUAAGGGCACUUUAGGAAGAUGCUGGUUUGUGGUUGGGAUCGAACCACAAUUGAAGCGGAUUUGGCACUUUUGCACAACAAACCUCCAAAUUUUGUGCAACAAACCUCCCCCAAAUUGGGUGUUUUUUUGUGGGGGGGGGGGUUGUAAUAGGGAAAGUAACAGAAUACAAUGCUGAAUGUGGGUAAACAUUCCUUGAUGAAAAGUUGUACAACCUUCCUGCAAACAAAUCAGGAUGAAUGCAUAAUAAGCAGGUGGUCUGGAAGGUGGCCUAAGAUAUGAUGACCUCCAGGAGUGUUCCCCAAAGGUCCAACUUGCCAUGCAGCAGGCUAGCCCUGGUCUAAUCCUGCUCGUUAUGUUUUUCUAUGCAAGGGGAUGCUGCUGUAAGCAUCUUGGACUAUGCUUUGGUGUUGUGGCCUCCUGUUCCCUUGUAGUUUUUGCCAGUGACUCCAGGAGCCAGAAGGUGGUGACCUCCAGUCACAGGAUUGGGGUGGGAUGGUUAUGUCAAGAGAGCAGAGUUGGCAGGGUUCUUCAGGGAGACACCCUCCAGGACUAGGAUGCUCUCCUGCAGCUGAUUCCAAGACUCUUCUUCUGCUGGAAGGUGAGCGGGCAGAGUGCUGUCCCUCUACAAAUAGUCUAACUGCACAGUAGUUCAGGGAGGUCACUGUUGGUAUCUUCUGGCUCCUCUGGAAGAGGCAAUGUCUGCUGGUCUCUCCCCCUUUGGCCUUUGAGGGCUUAUCCACACUUACUGUCCCUGCAUGCUUUCCAGGCAUAGUCUGCACUUUAAAGCUCUGUGCGCGAGUGCUCUUUUUGUUGGUUUGUUGCUCUGGAGCUUUCUCCACGAAAACCUGCUCUUUAGCACUGAAUCGGAGCAAACAACAGUCUGCAGGGAAAACAAAUUCUUUGUUUGUUGCCCUUCAGCUUUGAAGAGCAGUUUUUGCUGGGGGAGAGAGAAAGGAGUGCUCAGACAUGGAGCUUUAAAGUGAGGACCUCUGCCUGAAAAAAGUGGGGCAAAAGGUAAGCAUGGAUGAACCUUGAGUCAUCGUUUUGCUCUCCCUCUCUCCCCUGCCAGAGCACAACAAUAUUGUGUCAAAUGUGGUCCUUUGUGCUGAUAAAGAGGGAGGGCGAUGGCAGCCACUUGCUAGGUGAUGUGCCAAAUUGUGGUCCCUUCUUCUCUUCCUCUUUUUACCUCUGGUGCUGCUUUCAUGUGUUCAAUGGCCUUGUGAGGUUCUGUAGUGUCUACACACAACACGGGGCAGGAGAGGCUCCUUCCCCUUGUUCCACUGGGAAGCUUAGGGGGCUAUAAUCAGAGGGAGAACAUUGCACAGAUGGGGCUACUGCAGGACAAAGCUUUGCUCUCUCCCUGACUGCCACUGUCUGGAGCGUCCUUGGAAAGGAGGACACAGAGAAGGACUUUAGACUUACGGUGUCAUGUUCUGGACAAGUUCAUAUGGGGGAAGGUGGUCCUUUAGGUAUCCUGAGCCAUAUUAG